CACUCAACAUGGCCGAUCGAGGAAGCCAAUUACAACAAGGAAUCAAAGUUUUGACUUUUCCAGAGAAGUCUUUGCCAGAGUUUCCGGAAUUGGAUCUUAAAGUCCCUUGUAUUUUCUGUGAGAAGGAAUUCCCAAACACCUCAGGGAAAAAUGAUGCUGUGCUGCAUCACAUGCUGAUAGAACAUCAACUUGUUAUCGGAGACGUUGGUCAAGUCUGUGACCUGAGGAGGUAUCUUUGUUACUGGAAAACAAGACUAAAAGAGAAACCCAUAACAGAGGUGUGUCCAGUCAUCAACAUCAAUUCCAAACCUGAUGAUAUUGGUCCUAAGAUUCAAUACUUCCUCUUGUGUGAUUCACUUCCUGAAGAUAGGAAUCUAAGGGAAGAUUUGCAACGUCGGAGGCUGGAAGAUGUUCUUGAGUGUCAGCAGCGGGAAAGAUCAGAUACACACUUUUCAAGAGGCUGUCUUUUCUGUAAACAACACUUUGAAGGCAAUAGGUCAUCAUUAUUUACACAUAUGGCAUCAGAUCAUGGAUUUAAUGUAGGCCUUCCUGAUAACUUAGUGAAUGUAAAUGAAUUCCUAGACACUUUGGAAACAAAAUUAACCAAUUUGCAGUGUUUAUUUUGUGAGAAGUUAUUCAAAGACAGAACAGCACUCAAAGAUCACAUGAGAAAGAAACAACACAAGAAAAUCAACCCCAAGAAUAAAGAAUAUGAUCGAUUUUAUGUCAUAAAUUAUCUGGAAUUGGGAAAAACUUGGGAAGACAUUCAAAAUGAAAUUGAAGAGGAAGAAGAUGUAGACUCUAAAACUGAUAAGAGUGAUGAAGAGGAUUGGAGUGACUGGAAGGGUGAUUUACCACCGUGUGUUUGCUUGUUCUGUGAAUCUUCUAGCCCUGCCACUAAUGAGAUUCUACAGCACAUGAAGGAGGAGCAUUUAUUCGAUUUUUACACUAUUAAGAGCUCUUUUGGUCUGGACUUUUAUCACCAAGUUAAAAUCGUCAAUUACAUAAGAAGACAGGUUUACAAAAAUAACUGUAUUAAGUGUCAAGAGAAUUUCCAAGACAAGGUCACUGUUUUAGAACACAUGAAAAAAGCUCAACACUUCGCUGUACCUGAAGACCGUACGGUGUGGGAUCAACCACAGUAUUUUUUCCCAACUUACGAAAAUGACGCAUUGUUGUGCAGUUUGGAAGAUGACGAAGAAGACGAGACAGAGGACAGAGAUGAUUUUGCACAAAAUACUGAUGCAUAAGGAUCAAAGUAACUCAAAUAAAUAGGGUGCCUCACAUUGGCUGAUGGAGGGGACUCGGUUCUACAGCAAUUGCGAGGACCUAGGCGAAUGUUGGCCAUUAAAAUUACCACAAUUCGUCUUCAGAAUGCGUACCUGAAUUCCGUUUACGAAUUGGGUUUCUGAUUAAUCUACACCAGAAGUGGGUCUCCUGGCGAGGUUUUUACCCGUCACCGGCUUUAGCUAAUACAAGCAUGUGGUGUGUUCAUCAAAUUCGUUUGGAGUUUGCUCUGCAUGUUUCAUUGUCUCUUGCCUUCUGCUGAGCUUGCCUCUGAGCAGCUCGUGUCUCAGAUUUCUUCCUACAAUAACCCAAAUUACAUUAUACUUGAGUCGAUGAACGUUUUUUUGGAAGUUGGAGAAAGAAACCCCCC